AUGGUGCAUUUAUUUGAAUGGAAAUGGACUGAUGUAGCCAAAGAGUGCGAGGAAUUUCUGCAGCAUUACGGUUAUGGGGCUGUGCAGGUCUCUCCACCUCAAGAGCACGUAUACCUAACAAAAAGUGAUGAUUUCCCUUGGUGGGCUAGAUACCAACCGGUAAGUUACAAAUUAAGUAGUAGAAGUGGUAAUCGAACGCAGUUCAUUGACAUGGUCAAUCGAUGUAAUCAGGUGAAGGUAAGAAUCGUAGUAGAUGUGGUAUUGAAUCACAUGACUGGUAUUGGAAUGAAGAAAGGAAGUAAUGGUGUGUCUUCAACAGGUGAUUCUGAUUUUGAUGCUCGAGCAGAACAUAUAAACUUCCCUGGUGUACCUUAUACAAAAGUAGAUACUAACGAUCACAAAUGCAACCAUGAUAUUGCUGAUUCGGAUUACACUCAAAAUGUUAAUAAUGUGCGCAACUGUCGUCUGGUAGGCUUAAUAGAUAUAAAUCAAGGAAGCGAGAGAGUGCGCUCAAAAAUUGUUGAGUAUUUGAAUGAUCUAAUCGAUAUCGGAGUCGCGGGGUUUCGUUUUGAUGCGUCAAAACAUAUGUGGCCGCAUGACUUAAAAGUAAUCAUCCAACGCGUCAAAAAUUUGCGAGUGGAUAUAUUCGGCGCAAAUCAAAGACCGUUUGUGGUACAUGAAGUAAUUGAUCGUGGCAAUGAAGCAGCAAAAGCUUAUGAUUAUCUUGAAAUUGGUCGUUACACUGAUUUUACUUAUGGAGCCUUACUAACGGCUAUCACUCGAUACGAACACAAAGAUUUCAGGCAAAACUUUCAGGAUAAGAACUCUAAUUUUGUGCAUAAAAUUCCAAAAUCAUUUAAGAAAUUUUGUUUUAGCGAUUUACAGUGGUGGGGCCCAGGAUAUGGAUAUGGCAGUUUUGAAAGUCAUGAUUUGUUAGUAUUUAUUGAUAAUCAUGACAAUCAACGUGAUUCUAAUCCUUACGUUUUAACGUAUAAAGAUGAAUCACUAUAUGCAAUGCUUGUGGGUUUUAUGCUCUCAUGGAAUUAUGGCUAUCCAAGAGUUAUGAGCAGCUAUGUGUUUAACGAUUUCAACAAAGGGCCACCUAAUCAUGGUGUGCAACGAAGAUACGAGAUUAAAUCGCCAGAGUUUGAAAUAGCGUAUAAAACAUGUAACCGUUCAUCUGGUUGGGUAUGCGAACAUCGGUGGCAGGCAAUUCGUGGAAUGACACUUUUCCGACAAAAUGUCAUGAAUACAGGAACGAAAAUACAGUACGCUCAAGGACAACGUCUUGCGUUUUCACGUGGCACAAAAGGCUUUUUUGCAGUGAACAAUGAUGCUGAUGACUGGACUGUGUAG